CAUUUCCGGGGCGUGGCCCCGUUCGGGGUGCUCAGAAGUCGGAGUAGCAUUGGGAGGUGAGAUGGUUGCCCAGUGAAGGGAAUGCGACUCUGAGCCGGGCAAGUCCUAGUCGGUGAGAGUAGAAUUCUGCUGGAAUUUGCGGUCUCACCGCCUACUAAGGAGGAAAAGCAAUUUUCAAGAGUCCCACGCCGCCGCCAGCCGUAGGCUCGGACUACAAGUCGCGGCCUGUGGAGUCCAGGAGCCGGGACAGGCGGGGACGGGCCGGGGGCGGGCGGGAGGCAGGCCGGGAACUGUAGUAGUGUCACCGCCACGUUCGCAGCAGGUAGGUGCUCAUUUUGCUAACAUUGCUGAGAGUGGACAGCAGUUAGGCUUUGGCACCUUGAACGUGGCUCCAGCGAAGGGAAGCGAAACGCUUCCUGGGUAACAGACUUUUAUUCUUUGCGCAUUCUCUAAAACCUGGCGACUGAGCGCCUGAGGUUCGGAGUGCCUUCUUCACAGACGAUGCGGUAGUGGGAACUCUUGUGUUUGCCGAACUGAAGGGAAUUUGUCUUCCUGUCUUUAGGUUCACAGCAGUUCAGAAAUGAAUGGGAAACUUUUCCCCCGUAGAACAGACUUUGUAAAUCUAUUAAAUCUUUAUAAAUCUUUUUCUUUUUUCUUCUUUUUUUUAAUGGAGCCAGCCAAGGUCUUGCUCUGUCGCCCAGGCUGAAGUGCAGUGCUAUGAUCACGGCUCCCUGCAUCCUUGAACACCUGGACUCAAGGGAUCCUCCUGCCUCAUUGAGAAAUGGUCAUGGAAUCCAAGAGGCCAGGUGUCAUGAAGUCAGAGAAAUCAUUCCUAUGUUGUGGAGGCUGAACUGCUUUUAAAUGGGGUUUCACCAUGUUGGCCAGGAUGGUCUCGAUCUUCUGACCUCGUGAUCCACCCACCUUGGCCUCGCAAAGUGCUGGGAUUACAGGCGUGAGCCACUGCAGCUGGCCAGCUCUAAGGUUACAAAUGCUUCUCUUCCUGCUCUGCCUGCCCUCUGGUGGAGGUGCUAACGAGCAGGCCAGGAGACAAGCAAGAGCCAUAAAGGAGAAUAGUGAAAAAGAUCAAGAUGUUGUAGAAAACGAUUAUGAGAGCUUACGUGUAUUAAACAUUGAAAGAAAUGGAAAUAUCAUAUAUACCUAUAAGGAUGAUAAGGGAAAUGUCGUCUUUGGAUUAUACGAUUGCCAAACCAGACAAAAUGAGCUUCUAUAUGCCUUUGAGAAAGACUUGGAAGUUUUCAGUUGCUCUGUCAACAGUGAAAGAACUUUGCUUGCUGCAAGUUUAAUUCAGUCUACUAAAGAAGGAAAAAGGAAUGAACUUCAACCAGGAUCAAAGUGCUUAACUUUGUUGGUUGAAAUCCACCCUGUUAACAAUGUGAAGGUUCUGAAAGCUGUGGAUAGCUAUAUUUGGGUUCAGUUUCUGUACCCACAUGUUGAAAGUCAUCCUCUUCCAGAGAACCAUCUGUUGUUACUGAUUUCAGAAGAGAAAUAUAUUGAAAAAUUUCGUGUCCGUGUCACCCAAGAAGAUGGAAAUAGAGUGGUGAUUAAAAAUUCUGGCCAUCUCCAAAGAGACAGAAUAGCCGAGAAUUUUGUUUGGGCUCAGUGGGAUAUGUCAGAACAGAGAUUAUAUUACAUUGACCUGAAGAAAUCAAAGAGCAUCUUAAAAUGUAUCCAGUUUUAUGCUGAUGAGAGCUACAACUUAAUGUUCGAAGUACCCUUGGACAUAUCAUUAAGCAACUCAGGAUUUAAACUUGUCAACUUUGGAUGUGAUUAUCAAGACCAAGAGAAAUUAUCCAAACACCUAAGUCUGUGUGUUUUUACCAACCAUGCAGGAAGUUUGUGUGUUUGUUACAGUCCGAAGUGUGCUGCUUGGGAACAAAUCACGUAUUCAGUGUUUUACAUUCACAAAGGAUAUAGCAAGACCUUUACCACUUCUCUCAAGAAUGUUGGCUCACACAUGACAAAGGGCAUAACUUUUCUCAACCUUGACUAUUAUGUGGGUGUUUACUUACCUGGUCAUUUCUUCCACCUACUUAAUGUUCAACAUCCAGACUUGAUCUGCCACAAUCUCUUUCUGACAGGAAAUAAUGAAAUGAUUGAUAUGCUACCUCAUAGCCCUUUACAGUCACUGUCAGGGUCCCUGGUACUGGAUUAUUGUUCUGGAAAGCUGUAUAGAGCGAUGCUCAGCCAGUCGUCUUUAUUACAGCUCCUGCAGAAAACCCGCUUAGACUGUGAGAAGAUGGCCACGUUGCACUGUGCGCUCUCCUGUGGUCAUGGCGCGCAGUUGCUGGAAGGCCAGUGGAGGCAGAGAGCAGAUUUAAAUACCAACAGAGUUCUGUCUGACUUUUUAAAGAUUAUUCAAUGGAUUUCUGAGAAUGUGUCUGCCUGCCAUUCAUUUGACCUCAUUCAGGAAUUUAUAAUUGCUUCUUCAUACUGGAGUGUAUAUUCAGAGACAAGUAAUGUGGACAAACUAUUGCCACAUUCCUCAGUGCUCACUUGGAAUACAGAAAUUCCUGGAAUAACUCUUGUAACAGAAGACACUGCAUUGCCUCUUAUGAAGGUGCACAGCUUUAAGGGCUACUGGGAAACAUUGAACUCCAACCUAGAAAAUGUCAAGUAUGCAAAGCCACACUUCCACUAUAACAACAGUGUGGUCAGGAGAGAGUGGCACAACCUGAUCUCUGAAGAGAAAACAGGAAAAAGAAGGUCCACGGCAUAUGUGAGGAAUAUUCUUGAUAAUGCGAUAAAGGUGAUCUCUAACCUAGAAGCAAGAAAUUUGGAGCCAAGAUUGACGCCCCUCCUGCAGGAGGAGGACAGCCACCAGCGGCUGCUCAUGGGGCUGAUGGUGUCUGAGCUAAGAGACCAUUUUUUGAGACACCUGCAGGGUGUAGAAAAGAAGAAAAUUGAACAGAUGGUUUUGGACUACAUUUCAAAACUGCUGGAUCUCAUUUGCCACAUCCUAGAAGCCAGUUGGAGGAAACAUAAUCUUCAUUCCUGGGUUUUCCACUUCAAUAGUCGUGGCAGUGCUGCUGAAUUUGCAGUUUUUCAUAUCAUGACCAGGAUUUUGGAAGCUACAAACAGUUUGUUUUUACCUCUGCCUCCUGGUUUUCAUACUCUGCACACCAUCCUCGGGGUCCACUGUCUCCCUUUGCAUAACCUGCUGCAUUGCAUUGACAGUGGAGUGUUGCUUCUCACUGAAACAGCAGUGACAAGGCUCAUGAAAGAUCUGGACAAUACAGAGAAAAAUGAAAAACUGAAAUUCAGUAUCAUUGUGCGGCUUCCUCCGCUUAUUGGUCAGAAGAUUUGUAGACUUUGGGAUCAUCCUAUGAGUUCUAACAUCAUUUCACGGAACCAUGUGAUGCAACUGCUUCAGAACUAUAAGAAACGGCCUCGGAAUUCUAUGAUUGACAAGUCAUCGUUCAGUGUAGAAUUUCUGCCUCUGAACUACUUCAUUGAAAUUCUAACAGAUAUAGAGUCCACUAAUCAAGCCCUAUAUCCUUUUGAACAACAUGACAAUGUGGAUGCAAAAUUUGUAGAGGAAGCAGCUCUGAAACACACCACAAUGCUUUUAGGCUUAUGAAAAAGAAAACCGCAGUUGGAUCUGCUCCUGCUAUUUAAUCUUGCUCAUUAACCUUAUUCCUAUAGAGAAUUCUUUAGCAAUAUUUAAAAUUGGUAACAAAAACAAGAAAUUAUUUAGCCAUCUGAUUUUCAGUUUGGAACGUGGUACAGCAGUUACAGUUCUGUCUCAACAAGUACCAAUUUUGAAUAGCCACUGUGCAAUCAAGUGUAGAGAAAUGAUAAAUGACCUAAGCAGACAUACAGUGGCAUCAAUGAUGCUCUUCCUAGUAGCUUAAGAGGCUACACUGAAAUUGUAGCAAAUUCUGUUGCACUCUGAAAUAAAAUAUGCUUUAAAAAUGUAGGGCACAGUGCUUAGAAAAGCAAAAGCUAGGUGUGUCAUUGAAAUAAUAAGCAGAAAAAUUAAAUGCUGUGUAAGAACACUAUUUGGAAAGAGGUUCCUUUUAAAAACUGAAUUUGUACUAAAUAAAUUUGCCAUGUCCAGCACAGAAUUAUUUGUAUGUAGUAUUUACAGCAGGGUUUGUCUUUGUGUAUUCAGAUGAAAUGUAUUUAAUUUUUUUAUAUUUAUAAAAGUUUGAUUUAUGAAUAUUUUGUCAUUAAAAAACCUGAAAACA